AUGGAGUCUUUGAUGCAGCGGAUCAACGAACAUAUCCGAGUAGAGGACGAUGCUGCCACCGCAACCGAGAGGGCAAAUCCGGUCAUAAUAGACAAAAGAGUGGCGGGAAAGGUUCACUCGGUAGGGCAGGAGGACAACCGCCUGAAUGACCAGUCAAAGGAUCAACAUCGUGGCUCAAACCGCGACAAUAGGAACAAGGGUCACAGAAAUGAUCGAGCUAACACUCCUCGUGAUGAAGAGGAGGAUGCCAAUAGAAAGUUGAAGGCGCGAACCAGUAUCACCACGGUCUUUAAAAUCCUUAUUUGCCGCAUCCUGAGUGAAAUCCGAGGUGAACCUUACAUUCGAUGGCCGGCCAAGUUGGGAAACACGCAGAGAGGCUUCAACUCGAGGUAUCGCUGCACCUUUCAUGAAGGACGAGCGCAACGAACGCAGGACUGUGUCUUGCACAAACAACAUUUGGAGGAGUUGGUGGCGGCAGGGCAUCUGGACCAGUACGUAGACAGCGGUAUGAGAGCCACUCCUCAGGAACAAGCCAAGCCAAACGGCCUCAGCGCCUUGGAUGCAGUGCCGCAGAGCGUAACCAAUGGCAUCCAUGACAUCAUUGAGCUGGCAAGGGUCUACGAGCUAAGAGGGAUGAUCAAGAAAGCCGAGCACAUGAGGAAGGUGCUCUCCGUUCAGCUCGCCGUGAAGCAAGGAAAGAUCGAGGAAAAUGAUGUCCUGGCCUUUUCAGGCAAAGACUUAGAGAGAAUUAAAACGCCUCAUAAUGACACCUUAAUAGUGACCUUCUGUGUCAAAGACUUCGACAUCAAAAGAAUUCUGGUUGACCAGGGGAGUUCGGUCGAGAUCAUGUAUUAUGACGCCUUCAAACAGAUGACGUUGGAGGACAAGGACUUGGCCCCCAUAACAUCUCCAUUCAUUGGCUUCAACUCUCAACUAGAGUGGCCGAUCGGAAAGACCAUGUUGCCAGUCAAAGCGGGAUCAGUCACGAAGCAAGUGGAAUUUUGGGUGCUUAAGGUCCCAUCAACCUACAACUUAAUUUUGGGUAGGGGCUGGUUGCAUGCCAUGCAAGCAGUAGCGUCGACCUACCAUUAG